UAUAUGGAUUGUACAGGUCAGAGUAAAAUGGAUGUUAGGAAAAAAAUCUGGAUUAUGAAAGAAUUCAAAAUUAGGGACUCGCCCUUAAUUACCAGAUUCAAAAACAGUGACGAUUGGAAGACCCUAUAUAAUGUUUUUGUUAUGAUGUUCAUUGCUAUGUUAACCUACACAGCUUGUGACGAUUUUAUGCUAGGCGGAAGUUCAUACUUGGGGUUUCGACUAAUAUGGUUAGGGUUUGAUAAACCUCACUUUGUUAUUUUAGUUUGGUCCACUUCGAACGUUUUGGCUUGUGUGAAUUAUAUGUGUUUUAUGAUUUGGGCACGGAUUCGAACAAGUCUGAAACCUACAGGCACAAAACUGUGGGACACACUAUGGAUUUCCUUGUUAAUUGUCUACUAUUUUGGUUUCCUCUAUGGUCUGCAAGUAAUCGGCAACCUCUUGAGCUUUUCGAUGUGUUCCGGCGCCGUUCUUUUUAUAGAACAAGUGAGACUAUUGAUGAAACAACAUAGUUUCAUACGCACCAACGCACCUCGUGUUUUGGCUUUCGAAAAACACAGCAACGACGACUCUCUCCAAAUUCCAAAUUUUGGAAAAUUUCUAUAUUUUCUGUUCGCUCCGACGAUGAUUUACCAAGACGACUAUCCCCGAACAAGCCAUAUUCGAUGGAAAUUCGUGUUGUACAACUUUGGGGAAAUUUUUGCCACAAUGUGGUUGGUCAGCCUGGUCGGACAAAAGUUUUUGUUCCUUUCGUUUCGCGGUUUAUGUCUACGAAAAUUUGCUUUGGGUGAAAUUAUAACCCCUGUUUUUACCCACGUCGUCGUAGGAUUUUUUAUUUUAUUAUCCACUUUCUACACUAUUUUGCACGCGUCGCAAAAUGCUUUCGCUGAAAUGCUUCGAUUUGGAGACAGAAUGUUCUAUAAGGAAUGGUGGCACUCGAAGUCUCUUUCAGAAUUCUACAGGACCUGGAACGUGCUAGUUCAUGAAUGGUUGUAUAUGUUUAUAUUCAGAGACGUCUACGAAACGUUUGUUUUGAAAAACGAAACUGCUGCUAAAUUUACAGUGUUCGUUGUCUCUGCAGUGGUCCACGAGUGGGUGCUUUUUAACAUUUUUAGAUUUUUUCUCCCUGUUCAUUUAGUUUUGUUUUUACUAACUGGAGCUGUGUUCGCUGUAAUAAAUCUACUUGAUGUGCGCUGGGGAAAUUUGCUAGUUUUGUAUAGUUUAGCUUUAGGGUUCUGUAUUCAGGUACACUUAUUCACAAUCGAAUUUUUCGCACGUCUCAACUGUCCUGUAAGUGAAAAUGUUACUGGUUUGGAAUUUUAUGUGCCCAGAUUUAUUACGUGUAACUGUAUUAAUUUAUAAAUAAAACUAUUCUAUCUUUAA